GAGGUUGAUGUGACAUUCUGUGAUGGGUGUGUGUGCGCUCUGCGCAUGCGCGCUCAUCCUUCUCUCCCUCCUGACCUCCUCCCGGUUUUUGCGCUGCUGAACAACUUCUCCCGUGAAACCCGCUCAAAUAUAGCCAUACAGAUCCUGGCACACACAUGAGGCAUGGCAGCUCUCUUCGGGAAGAUCCAGAUCGGCAUUUAUGUGGAGAUCAAGCGCAGUGAUGGCCGAAUACACCAGGCCAUGGUGACGUCACUGAAUGAAGACAAUGAGAGUGUGACGGUGGAGUGGAUUGAAAACGGAGACACAAAAGGGAAAGAGAUCGACCUGGAAAGCAUAUUUGCACUAAAUCCAGAUGUUGCACCUGAAGAGGAAAUCCCACAAAGUCCUGAAACCCCUCCGCCACCCGUGUCGAGUGCCAUCAAAAUCAACAAGAUCCCCCAAAACAAGAAUCGCCGAACUGUAGCGCCACCAAAAAAUGAAACGCCUGCGAGGGAUAAUCGAGGUCCCCAUUAUUCAGUCUCUGUAGGUACGACUCGAGCGCGGCCGAGCCAACAGACCGAACCUCCUCCAGCAGCGCCUGCCCCGCCUCCACCGAUACAACACCAAACCCUACAGCAGCAGCAGAACGCUCGCAGGAAGUCCAACUGCGUGAAGGAAGUGGAGAAGCUUCAGGAGAAGCGGGAGCGGAGACGAUUGCAGCAGCAGGAGCUGAGAGAGAAAAGAGCGCAGGAAGUCGAUGCCACAACCCCUAAUUAUGAAAUUAUGUGCAUGAUCCGAGACUUCAGAGCGAGUUUGGACUACAGACCGCUGACCACUGCAGAUCUGAUUGAGGACCACAGGAUAUGCGUGUGUGUGCGGACACGUCCACUGAACAAGAAAGAGCUGACCGUGAAGGAUCUAGACGUCAUCACCAUCCCCAGUAAAGAUGUGGUCAUGGUCCACGAGCCCAAGCAGAAAGUGGAUUUAACCAGAUACCUGGAGAACCAGACGUUUCGCUUCGAUUACGCUUUCGACGACACCUCGACAAACGAAAUGGUUUACAGGUUUACUGCCCGGCCGCUGGUGGAGACCAUAUUUGAGAGGGGAAUGGCCACCUGUUUUGCUUACGGUCAGACGGGCAGCGGGAAAACUCAUACCAUGGGAGGAGAUUUUUCAGGGAAGAACCAGGACUGCUCUAAAGGGAUCUACGCACUCGCUGCACGGGAUGUUUUUCUUAUGUUAAAAAAACCAAACUACAAGAAGUUGGAUCUUCAGGUGUACGCGACGUUCUUUGAAAUCUACAGCGGGAAGGUGUUUGACCUUCUAAACAGGAAGGCGAAGCUGCGAGUUCUUGAAGACGGUAAGCAGCAGGUUCAGGUGGUCGGACUGCAGGAGCGAGAGGUCAAAUGCACCGAAGACGUGCUCAAACUCAUCGAGAUGGGCAACAGCUGCAGAACAUCUGGACAGACCUCGGCUAACGCUCACUCGUCCCGCAGUCACGCCGUGUUUCAGAUUAUUCUCCGCAGGAGGGGCAAAAUGCACGGCAAAUUCUCUCUCAUCGACCUGGCGGGAAACGAGCGAGGGGCCGAUACAUCGAGCGCCGACCGCCAGACACGCCUCGAGGGCGCCGAGAUCAACAAAAGUCUCCUGGCGCUGAAGGAAUGCAUCAGGGCUCUGGGUCGAAACAAACCACACACUCCGUUCAGAGCCAGUAAACUCACGCAGGUCUUAAGAGAUUCCUUCAUCGGAGAAAACUCUAGAACAUGUAUGAUCGCUACCAUCUCUCCUGGAAUGGCAUCAUGUGAAAACACAUUGAACACUCUGAGAUACGCCAACAGAGUGAAGGAGUUUGGGAUCAGCCCUUCCGACAUUCCCUUCUCCCAGGGGGGUGGCGGCCGCUCCGAACUCUCUCCUACCUAUGAGUACGAUGACUUUGCUACUUCACCCAGCAGGGUGAAGGAGCUGAGCAUCGACCCCAGUGCAGUGAUGGAGGGACGGUCCGCCGGACACUCGGUCAACCAGCUGGAGGUGUUGGAGGCUCAGUGGGGUGUGGGCAGCUCUCCUCAGAGAGACGAUCUCAAGCUGCUCUGUGAACAAAACGAAGAGGAAGUGUCCCCACAGCUCUUCACCUUCCAUGAGGUGGUGUCUCAGCUGGUGGAGAUGGAGGAGCAGGUUCUGGAGGACCACCGCGCCGUCUUUCAGGAGUCCAUACGCUGGCUCGAGGAUGAGAAGGUUCUUCUGGAGAUGACGGAGGAAGUGGAUUACGAUGUGGAAUCCUUCGCCACUCAGCUUGAACAGAUUCUGGAUCAGAAGAUUGACGUGUUAACAGAGCUCAGAGAUAAAGUGAAGUCUUUCCGCUCUGCUCUUCAAGAGGAGGAACAGGCCAGCAGGCAGAUAAACCCCAAACGUCCGCGAGCCCUGUAGCUCCAGCUCAUCACCAGCUCUCAUCUCUUCAAUGUAUGUACAUGUGUAACCUGUACGUGAUGUGACGGUUUUCUUUCAUCCGAGAAAAGCACAUUUUAACUGGAUAAAUCAUUUCAGUUCUUACUAAAAUGAAUGACCAUAGAGUUUAAGGCCAUGAGAGGGGGUGUGUGAGAUUCUGAGCUAAUGCAUGAACAAACCAGCUCUGCAUCAUCCGCAUCUGUGUGACGCCUGUAAAUAUUCCAUUGAGUCAUUAAUGUAUAUACAUGCUCAUACCUGCUACUUGCAUAUCAGUUUGCCAGUUAAUGAAAUACAAUUAUGCCGUCCCAAUGGAAAAGAGAGAAUACGGUCUAGAAAUUAGGGAUGCACCGAUAUAGAAAUGUUGACCGGUUAUUUUUAUGGCUGCUAACAAAUUUGAAUGUUUUUAAAUGAAAGCACACCGGCUGUCAGUUUGUAAUCGUUUGUAUUAAAAAUACAAUGUUGGAUGACAUGCUUCAUGUGAAAUUAGGCAUAUACAAGAGGGAAAGAUUGAAUACUGUACAGUAAAAUUGUAGGAACAAUACUGAUAAUUGUACAAAAAUAUAUUGGUCAUUGAUAUAUUGUGCAUCCCUAGUUACAGUAGAAGUUGCAUGACUGCAAUAUGGAUGAUCUCUAUUGAGACCUACAGGAACUGACUAAUUUAUUAACUUGUGUAGCAGUGAGAUGAUACAUGCUUCUUCUUUUUUUGAUCGCCAGUAAGGACCUUUACUGUAACAAAAAAACGAACACAGGCCUUAUUGAACCAACUUCACAAUAAACCUUUUCAGUGAAAGAAAUUUGUAGAUGAGCAACUAUACAUGUAUUAGCUAAUUCAGCUCAGAUCGACAGUCAAAAUAGGUUCAUGUGAUAUACUUUUCUGAUAUAAAGAGGGAUUUUGUUACUACAGUGUUUUGUUUACAUUUUAAGAAGUGAAAGUGGUCAUUAUAAAAUUCAGGCUGCUGUCUCAUUUUUAAAAAAAGAAAAAUGCUAUUAAGCAUCAGUGGUUUAUUUUUUUUUUAUUUUGUAAAUGUGCCCCGUCAGAGCUUUAAAUGAUUUUGCUCCCGUCUCAUUUUUAAAAGCCGUUUGUGUUGAGGGGAAGCUGGAUCUGUAUGGGACUCAGUGUUUCAAUGUAUUGCAUUGCUAAAAUAAAGAGCCAUCCGAUGA